CAUUUCUUUACCAUACACGCACAAGCUUUUGGAGAGUUCAGCAAGAAAGAAGAGAGAUGGAGAAUAAACAAGUGAAGCCACGGGUCAAGAAAGGUUUGUGGAAACCAGAGGAGGACUUAAUACUCAAGAAUUAUGUGGAGACUCAUGGAGAAGGCAACUGGGCUACCGUGUCUGAAAAAUCAGGUUUGAUGAGGGGCGGGAAGAGUUGCAGACUGAGAUGGAAGAAUUACUUGAGACCUAAUAUUAAACGUGGAGGGAUGUCCCAAGAGGAAGAAGACCUCAUUAUUAGGAUGCAUAAGCUUCUAGGCAACAGAUGGUCGCUUAUUGCUGGUCGACUGCCCGGUAGAACCGACAAUGAAGUGAAGAACUACUGGAAUACCCAUUUGAACAAGAGAUGCCAUCCUGGGAAAAGACAAGGCACUGACUCAAACAUCCACCAGAAUGGCAAUGGCAAUGGCACUGGUGAUGAUGACGAGAACAAGACCAAGAGGCAAUGCAUUUCUCAGGUCUGCAGCUCAAGUACAAAGAGUAUCCCUGAAGAGUUAGAUGAAAAGAAAAAGGAGAAAGAAGAGAGAACUGUUACGGAUACUUGGAUACAAGAUGCACAGAGCUGGAACUAUUAUAUUGAAUCUCCAAUGAUGCAAAGCAAUAAUGAUGCAUUUUUCUUUGAUGAUGAGCCUAUCAUAGCUUACUGGGAUUCCUUUGUUUGGUUUGAAUCAUUCGGCUAUAACGGCGAGGAGAUAUUUUCACAUGCAGACCUGCAAUCAUUGAUGCCAUAGUUUUCUCAUAUAUUCUCACACGUUCUCUUUCCACCUUGUGAGACCACUUCUAUGUUUUGUUGCUGGAGUGAUUUUUCCAAGGAUUUAACACUGAAUAUGCUGUCCUUCCUGCACUGUUGAGAAAUUUUUUUUUUUAUGAUAAAUUAUUAGUGCUGUGUACUAACCAGACAACAAUAAUGUUUAUCACUGACACUAAUGCAUUUCUUUCUCUAGUCUAUGCAUA